UUGAAAAACGAAAUAAACAACAUGUUUUUCAUGUUGAAAUUGGUGUUAAUAUUUUUAUUAAACAAAACGCACGCGCAUACCACGCAAGAUAUCGAAAGAAUAUUGUUGCCGGCAUUGAAUACGACAGAGAUAAAGGAAAUACCACUGACUUUAAAAGUUUUUGGAAAACAGAUUAAGUUAAACCUGCGAAGAAACGACAAGAAUGUAUCGUCUAAUUACGAAGCCGCAUAUCGUACGUUCAAGCCUUUUCUGGGUGAAGAUAAGGAAACGUUGCGCAUGUUGAUAUUAGUGUACGUGAAUCGUAUUCAAGCUGUAUUUCAUCAUCCGAGUUUGGGUGUUUCUAUCGAUAUUUCAUUGGUACAUUUGGAAAUUAUGGAUGAACAACCUUUAAAUUUGCCAGUUUUUGGCGGCAACGAUGACAAACUGCUUGAUUCGUUCUGCGAUUACGCGGCAACUCGCAAUCCUCCGGACGACAAUGAUCCGAAUCACUGGGACGUUAGUCUUUACUUAACUGGAAUAAAUAUUUAUUCGACAGAAGAAGACGAUCUAGGUAGCAUAGGAAUAUCAAACGUCGAUAGCGUAUGCGACUCGAAUGAAUCGUGUGUGAUAGUAGAAUUCGGUAUUCCAGAUAAGCUAUCCUCGGGUUUUUCAUCGUCUCUCACUGCUGCUCAUGAGAUCGGUCAUGUUCGUGGUAUAGCUGAAGAACUCUGGUAUGAAAAAGAUUGCCUUCGAGAUCAGACGAGACCGAAAUGUCUAAGUGACACAUCACUCGACCACUCACGUUAUCACGACUUACCCGGAAGAAAAUGGACCGCCAAAGCACAAUGCGAAAUAUAUUUUCGCGACAAGAAUGCAAACGUAGUCUCGUUGUUUGAUAUAUGCAAAACCUUAGAAUGCGAAACGCCUCAUGAUAAUUUAUAUGCCUUCACGGGACCGGCAUUGGAAGGUACUUAUUGUGCACCCGGAAAGGAAUGUCGUGGCGGAGAAUGCGCACCCGUUAUCGAACCACCGUACAUUUUUGAGAAUUGUGAAGAUGAUAACUGGAGUGAAUGGAAAGAAAGCACCUGUCAAAGUAUCUGCUUGGAGAAAUCUAAAGGUAACUUGACGUUUAAACUAGCACCUAAGUUCGAGCUAGGAUGGCAGGCCGCUCAUGAUUUUGAGAAACCGUGGAUAGCCUGUAUUGUACACUGCCAACAAAAAGAUUCGUCUACUAUCGACGCACUACGCUUGAAAAUGCUCAACCUUAAUAUUAAUCCAUACUUUCCAGAUGGAACGUGGUGUCAUGAGAAAGAUGGCCAGGAUUAUUAUUGCCGACAACAUUUCUGUCUGCCUGAAAGCUACUCUUAA